AAUAAUUUACUUUAGUUUUACCUUCUAUUUCGUGGGUAAAUUAAUUAUUGUCGGCGUCGAAAUAGUAAAAGUGCGGUCUGUUUGCGUAGUGAGAGCCCAGCGACAAGUACGUUGAACUGACUUUUAUAUUAUUAGCACAAAUUCGCCAUCGACAUAUCAAGAAAAGGACGUUUGACGGAUCGUCUCGAAUUUCGUCGGUUUAAUACCAAAGAAAAACUAAAAUUUCGACGUCGCAAUAUUUAAAAUACGUCUAGUAUGAUACAAUAAGGGACCGAAUACGCUAGACGUCAUCAGUUUUAACGGUCGUGGGACAGUUUAUAUCGAGGCAAAAUGAAUGAAGGUGCGCCUAUGAUGUACAACGGGGGUGGGUUUGAUGGCCCAGGAGGGGUUUACAUGGUGCAAGGUCAGGCGCGGCACUAUCCCCUCGAGAUGUUGCAAGUUAUGGGUGGUAUGGGUGGUCGCGGGGGCGGUUCGCCCAGGCAGGGCACGCCGCGCCGCUGGCAGCCGCGCAAAGACCGCCAGCCACUCAAACCCGACAAUGCCUUUGGUUAUGAUUCUGAUGAUUCAAGCCUCUCAAGCAAUGCUUCUGGCUCUAAUAAGUCAAGUGACAAAGGGGAGAGCAGCAGCAAGCGCGAGCGGGAGCGGGACGGCGGCGGCGCGGCGCGCGAGUGGCGCGGGCGCGGCCGCCGCGACCCGCGCCCGCGCCGCAUCGCCCCCGAGCGCUUCCUCAGCGCCGCCUACCCCUUCCAGGUCAAGUUCACCCCCGACAACCUGCUCAACGGUUCUCAGUACGACACGCUGUCACAGGAGAUUUGGGACAAGUUUAUGAAAUCACAGCAGACUGAGGAGACAUUUCGCAAAAAGAUGAAUCUUUGGAGAUAUCUAUACAUAACUAUAAAGUCGAUAUUCCCGCGCUACGGGCUGUACGUGGUGGGCUCGACGAUGUCCGGCUUCGGCCUCGACUCGUCCGACAUGGACCUGUGCCUGUACGUGCGCGCGCUGGCCGACCUCGAGCCGCGCGCGCACGCGCUCGUGCACCUCAACCACAUCCUGGGCUACAUCAAGAGCUUCGACCCGAGUGCAGAGCUCAUCCACGCGAAGGUGCCAAUCCUCAAGUUCCGGGACGAGCGCAACGGGCUCCAGGUGGACCUGAACUGCAACAAUGUGGUGGGCAUCCGGAACACCAACCUGCUCUACUGCUAUUCCAGAAUGGACUGGCGCGUGCGGCCGCUGGUGGCGCUCACGAAGCUGUGGGCGCGCGCGCACCGCAUCAACGACGCGCGGCGCCGCACGCUGUCGUCCUACGCGCUCACGCUCAUGGUCAUCCACUUCCUGCAGUGCGGCACGUCGCCGGCGGUGCUGCCGCGCGCGGGCGAGGCGAGCCGCGGCCGCGCGCACAACCGCUGCUCGCUCGGGGAGCUGUUCCUCAGCAUGCUCAAGUACUACGCGGACUUCCCCUACGAGCACAUGGCGGUGUCGGUGCGCGCGGCGCGGCGCGUGCCGGUGUGGGAGUGCCGCGCGCGCGCCGCGGCGCAGCCGGGCGCCGACGCCGCGCACUGGAAGCUGCUCUGCGUCGAAGAGCCGUUCGACCUGACCAACACAGCCCGCACGGUGUACGACCCGGAGACGUUCGAGAAGAUCGUGGAAACGUUCCGCGACAGCCACGCGCGCCUCGCCGCCGGCCUGCGCCUGCAGGACUCGUGGCCGCAGCGAUGAUACGCCGCACGCCCACUGUGCGCACCCGCGCCCGCCGCGCGCCCGCUAGUGCGUGCACGUGUACAGAACUUGGCACGGUGUGCAGUGUA